UCAUUGAAAGUGAAACUUCUGCCAAGGAAAUUCUGUGUUUUUGAUUUAAAGACUUGUGACUCGUUUGGUAAAAGCGUAAAAAUGCUUUAAAUUACAAGCGAUAACUAAAAGAAAAUGGAAAAGUCGUUUAAACUGUUUUUUUUGUGUGUAGUUUUUAAGUUAUAAUCUUCACAAUAACCUAUAAUUUUAUAACGAUCUGUAAAUAAGCCUACUAAAUCUAGUUUGAGAAAGGAAACAUCCGGGCAAGCAAUCACGUGAUAAAGCUUCGGUUAUUAGUAAAAUGGCGACGAACAAUUACUAUACUUUUACUACAGGUGGAGUUCAGUUUGGAACUGCUCAACCAGCAACUUUCCAGACUAGUCAAACAGCAACACCUGCAACAGGGUAUGCUGUUCAGCAUCCAGCAGCUGCAGUUGCUCAGCCUUCCUUUACUGGAACAGCAACUGCUGUUGCAGUAGCAGCAGCAUCUCGCACAAUUCCAACUGGGUAUGAGACUUAUCAGCCUACUACAGCACAUACAAAUACAACCUACCCUUAUGCAUCUCGUCAACAAACAACUUAUGAAAAAGUACAGAAUUAUUACCCUCAAGCAGCUCAAGUUGGAUAUUCACCUACCAACACUGCUACUGCUGCAUAUCAAACAGGUAUGACCUCCAACAUUGUUUAUGGAUACAGCAGUGGUACUACUGCAUAUGCUGGAGUCAAGAAUAAAACCGUAUUCAAUAAAAGCCCUCGUGCUGGAAACAACUUUGUGCAGUCAUUAGUGACUGCAGGAAAACCUUCAUAUUCAACAAAUACAGCAUAUGCAUCUCAGCGCCAACCACAGAAGACUCAGAAUGUGCAAGCUGGUACAGUUUCAUCUUAUGCCUACACAACAAACACACCUGGAGUAUCCUCGAGUUACUCCACAUUUAAUACAGGAAGUAGUGGAAACUACACAACUAGAAUUCUAUAUUUAGCUCCUGUAUAUGGACAUCAACAACAGACGGCUCAGUCUAGUACACCUCUUGCUGCUAAUACCACUACUAAUCAACAGAAUACCACCACCUCUAAUAUGCAGCCUGCAAAAGUUCACAGUAAUAAUUGGUCUGGUUUUAAAAGAGUACCUAUGAGGUUCCAGAAGCCAAAAGCUGCACCCAAACCUGAACAGUUACAUUAUUGUGAAGUGUGCAAGAUUAGUUGUGCUGGUCCUCAGACCUAUAGAGAGCAUGUAGAAGGUCAGAAACACAAGAAAAAAGAAGCAGCAUCAAAACAGGGAAAUAAUAUUGUACCAAAUCCCCGAGGUGGAACGUCUCUUCGAUGUGAGCUCUGUGACGUUACUUGCACAGGUGCUGAUACUUAUGCAGCACACAUUCGUGGAGCUAAACAUCAAAAAGUAGUGAAGUUGCACACAAAACUUGGUAAGCCAAUUCCUUCAGCAGAUCCUGUAGUCAUUAGUACCAAUUCCAUUACCCAGAAAGGUAUCAAAGGUGGUGAUAGUGAUUCUGCUAAGUCAGAUGUUGGUACCUCGGGAGACAAAACCAAUGUAUCGGUGCCUAAAAUAAACUUUGUUGGUGGGACAAAACUGAAUACAACUGGAUCUAAGGACAAGCAAGAUGAAAAUAAAUCAGAAGAAAGAACUGAGGGGCAUGAUUACAUAGAAGAAAUGAAAAAUGAUGAUGGUAAAAUAAUUAGUUUUCAGUGUAAGUUAUGUGAGUGCAGAUUUAAUGACCCAAAUGCUAAGGAAAUGCACAUGAAAGGUCGUCGGCAUCGUUUACAAUACAAGAAAAAAGUGGAUCCUGAGCUUGUUGUGGAUAUUAAACCUAGUUUACGACAGAGGAAGAUUCAGGAGAGUACGUUACGGAGACAACAGCUACGUGAAGAGUUCUACAGACGUCUCGAGGAUGAGCGUUUGAGAGAAGAAAUGAGACUUAUGGAAGAAGAAGAGAGAAUAUAUUGGGAUGAGCGGCGUAGGUAUGAAGAAGAAUUAGAAUUUAUGGAAUGGCAAAUACGUUCUGGCCGCGAUCCUCGAGAUUUACCACCAAUGCCAGUUCCACCACGAUCAAUGUUUGGGACUCCUCCGUUGAGGCCUCCUAUGAUGCCACUCAUGGGUCGUCCCACAUCUAGACCAGACUCUGCGGAUGAUCGUCAUGUCAUGGCCAAACAUUCCACUAUAUAUCCCAAGGAAUCCGAAUUGAAUGCAGUGCAAACUGUUUUGACUGACACAGAAAAAGCUUUGAAAUUGGUUUCUGACUUUUUAACUGAUAGUCAGACUACUGAAAGAAAGCAGGAAGAAACUGUUAAACCACAAAAAGAAUCAAAGAAAAAGGAGACAAAAGAUGCAAAAGGAGAAAAAGAAACAAGCAAAGAGGAGAAAGAGGAAUCUGACCAAUCAGCUCAUUCACAGCGUGUAUUGAAAGGAGUUAUGCGUGUAGGAGGUUUAGCAAAAGGCUUGUUGCUCACUGGGGAAACUUCAGUUCAGCUUGUGGUCAUGUGUGCAGAAAAACCAACACGCACAUUACUGGAAAGAGUUGCCGACAACCUUCCUAAACAGAUUGAAGAAUUGAAAACCAAGACCAGUUACAAAGUAAAGCUCUGCGUUGAGGAAGCAGCAAUAAUGGUUCAUGCCAAGUCCAAUCCAGAGGUGACAGUGACUGUAACACUAACCUCACCAAUGAUGAGAGAGGCUAAAGAUACUGAGGGAGCAACAGCUGAGAAUGUUAAAGACCCUCCGGAUGUGUUGGACAGGCAGAAAUGCCUGGAUGCCUUGGCCGCCUUGAGACAUGCUAAGUGGUUCCAGGCUAGAGCAAGUGGUCUGAAGUCUUGUUUAAUUGUUAUUCGAAUAAUGCGAGACUUGUGUCAGAGAAUUCCUACUUGGAGCAAAUUAGAUAACUGGGCAUUAGAACUCCUUGUUGAAAAGGUUCUUAGUAGUCAUCCCCACCCGUUGAGUGUGGGUGAUGCUUUACGCCGAGUUUUUGAAGCUGUGGCAUCUGGAAUUCUAUUAUCAAUUGGUCCUGGAUUGCUAGAUCCUUGUGAAAAAGAUACAACAGAUGCAAUUCUAAAGCUAACCAAUCAAGAGCGUGAAGACAUAACUGCUAGCGCGCAGCAUGCUUUGCGAUUGAUAACAUUCCGUCAAAUUCAUAAAGUACUUGGUAUGGAUCCUCUUCCUCCUCCCAAAUUUAACAGGGGGCAGUUCAAUCGCAAGCGCCGCCGAGACAACAAACCAGAAAGUAAUGAAGGAGAAGGUACAGAGGGAAAGAAAGACAAGAAAGAAGAAGAAAAUAAUGUUGAAGAAAAUGAAGAGAAGACAUAAAGGAGAACUUAUGUUUAUAAUUCAAGGAGUUGAUGGAGUUUUAGGCUGAAUUGUCCAGUCAUUUGCACAUUGUUUUUUUUUUUUUCACUUGUCCCUUUUCAUAUAACCUGUACAUGACAGUUGUUAUUUCACCAUUUCCCAUAAUGCUAGUUUUGGCGAAAGUGUAAUUUGAUAGAAAAUUAUUUUUUAUGUGAUCUUAAUUUGCGGUUUUCUUGAUUGUCAUUGUCUCUAGUGGCAUAUUAUUCUACUGAAAGAUUGGAUAACAUAUUUUAAGUAGAAUGAGUUUUCCAAAUUUUCUCUUGCAGUCAGUCUUUCUUCUGCAUUUAAACUCUUGGUUUACGUGUGAGACAUUUGAAGUGAAUGUGACAUUUUUUUUAUCACCUUACAGACUGUGUUAGAAACAGAUUUUGACGACUUUUUUUACCAUUACGUGUUUUUCCGUUAGAUUCAUUAACCUGCAUGCUUCUCGCUUUAUUCAGGGCCAGUUUAAUCUUUCUUAUACAAAAUAUGUAAUGGUGAAAUUACCUGUUUAUGUAAAGAAUAAAAAAAUCAAUAAAUGUAUAAACUUGAAAAAAAAAAAGAUAAAAAAUAAUCUCAUUUUUUAUUUGAACCUAACUUAUAAUGCAAUUUUCUGUUCAAAUACAAAAUGUAUAAAACAUUGAAAGCCAACCAUCUUCUUGAACUGCUUACAAAAAACUUAUUUGAUAUUAAAUAUGAUAAUUUAUUAAUCCAGAAAGUUUGUUUUUAAAAAAAAAAAUGUGCUAAAAGACAAGUGACAAGUUGCUGAUUUGGAAUUUAAAUGGAUUGGGAAAUUGUCAGGAUUCCUUUAUGUGUAUGUGAGUGUAUCACACAAACUCAAGAUAUAUGAGGAAUUACAAUCAACUAGGGUUAGCUUUUUUGUUAGGCAUGGUCUUUGGCUUUGCUUUAGUACAAAAUAUUUACUUGGUUCGUAUAAUUUGUUGUAGUCGCUUCAAAGGUUUGUAAAAUCAUUGUUUUUUUUCUAAGAUUUAAGAGUUACCUAAUAUAUGUAUAUCAUUAAGAAAGGAAAACCUAUUCAAGCAAAGGCAGUUAUAAGAGAAAAGUUUUAAUGAAACUAAUUUUGUGAAAAAGAAAAGACGUAAGAUUAUAAAUAUGAGACUUAAAAAGCUGUAGGUGUUAAGUUUGUAGGGCCAAAACGUCUAGUAAGUGCACCAGUUUUAGAAGUUCUGAACUAAAACGGUGGAUCCUGUUCAGUAGAAUAAACACACACACGUGGUUAGGGUGCUCCACUUACAAUCCCCGUCACACUAAACAUGCUCGCCCUUUCAGCCGUGGGGGCAUUAUAAUGUGACGGUCAAUCCCACUAUUCGUUGGUAA